AUGGAACACAGUUUCUCUAGGAGGUCAUCUGUGGGUAAAGAAGUUGGUUGGGACGACAUUUUCAGGAAUGUCCUCAGCAAAAGAGCAGACAGUGAUGAUGAACUCCAGGAGGCUUUAGGGCCUUCAGUGGCCCCUACAGCACCAAGGCACUUGAUUUCCUCAGGCGUUUCUUAUGUUAAGCUCCAGCCAAGUAAAGACUUGGCUAUCCUCGCCUCCACUUCUGAUGAAACCAUUCAAGCAGUAAAGACGCUUGCAAAUGCCUUAGGACACCGCUGGCGGUUUAUUGGACGCUAUCGAACUCCUCGCUUCUCCCCUGCCGUCCGUUUGGUUGACAGAUCCGUUCCUCCUUGCAAUCUCGAGAGUCGCGUCACAACGCAAGACGUUGACACAGAUGUUUGCAGCUGGUUAGAUGGAUCUCAGAAGGUAUAUGAGGGGUUGAGCAAAGAGCCGCUCUUUGACCCCUUCAGCGUCACUCCCCCAAAUGCGUGUUCGGCGAAGUUCGAGUUCAUUGACGGUGUAAUGCAUGUAUUUUGGGAUCCUGAAAGAGAAGAUGCGGAGCCACCCUUGCUGUGGAGUCCAAAUUUAAUCCCAAGUGUUAGAGAAUACCUCGCUGCUUUGCAGGACGUGAUGAUUGCAGUUCAGGAUCCAGCCUGCAAGACUUUUUGCUACAGGCGGAUCAAAUUUUUGGAGGGCAAAUUUAAUUUCCAUCUGAUGUUUAACUCCAACGAGGAGAUGGAAGAAACCAAACACAACAAGCAUAGAGACUUCUACAAUGUCAGGAAGGUUGAUACGCAUGUCCAUCAUUCGGCCUGCAUGCAUCAGAAACAUUUACUGCGCUUUAUCAGGAAAAAAUACAGGACGGAGGGAGAUACAGUUGUAGCCAUGGAAGGUGGUCAGGGUAUCACAUUGAAGGGCUUGUUCCAAAAAGAACUGGGAUUUAGCGCAAGUGAAGCCUCAGUGGACCACUUAAAUGUCCAUGCCCUCGGCCGUUUCCUCGCAGAAUUGACAAAGGAAGUUAUCGAGGACUUGGAUGACCGAAAGUAG